UGAUUUAAGCUGGUCUAACUUUAUUUGACGUCGCCAUGGACCCUGAAGUAGUCCAAUCAAUUUGCCGAGACUUUCUACGUGGCACCUGUAGGCGUGGGAAGACUUGCUCAAAAGUGCACCUCGUUAGAACCGUAGGAUCCCGCGAAUUGGUUCAGCAGGUGCAAGCCCUGCCACAUGAUGAAGAAGGUGUAGCCAGUGCUAGUCUACUACCAGGUCAGCGCACUAUCGACGAACUGCGCGAGGAAGCGAAGGCCUUCGUUCAGUCACUGAAAAAACCAUCGAUUAAGGCGCCACCAUCAGUUUCACCUCCAGCUGCCACAGCUACACGUAUCACGACCCAUAGAAGGACAGUAUGUGUUAAUCAAAAUGAAGCCGUCGUCACGCAAACCAGCACCACCGUGUUGAGGGCUGCUAGGUUUGAACCACCGGUCGAUCAAGGAAUGGAUAUGGAUUGCGAUGCCAUCAGUGCAGAGGCAAAUAUUCCAGCCGCAGCAUCAUUACCGCAACACCAGAGCAUGAUGGGCACUAUGGAGGUCGGAGGCAUCCCGAUGCAGGACGCACUGGGAACCCUACAUGCUGGCACAGAUCAAUCAGAAUACAGUGCCAACCCAGACGAUCAGGCCUGA